GUCUCUGUCUUUGUUGCCAAAAACAGUGAAACUCAUGAAAGUUUAGGACUUUUCAGGUCAUCUUCUUCAAUCAAAGAGGAGUAGAGGACCCAUCUUCCUCCUCCUUUUUUUUUUAAAGCUUAUUUUGCAUCUCUUCGUCCACUUUCUAUCUUUCCUGUUCAUGGAUCCCAAGGGCUCUAACUCAAAAAACCCACAUGAGUUACCCACUUUCUUGACCCACACCCACCCUUCUCCUCCUCAUCCUCCUCCACAACCUCAUCUUCAACAACCACAACAACUCCAUAGCCAAAACCAACAACAACCCAACAUGGGAGACAACAAACCAGCAGAAAUCAAAGACUUUCAGAUUGUAGUAGCUGACAAAGAAGAGCAAAAGAAACAGUUAGCACCAAAGAGAAGCUCAAACAAAGACAGACACACAAAAGUUGAAGGUAGAGGUAGAAGGAUAAGGAUGCCAGCUCUUUGUGCAGCGAGAAUCUUUCAAUUGACAAGAGAAUUGGGUCACAAAUCUGAUGGAGAGACAAUACAGUGGCUUCUACAACAAGCUGAACCAUCUAUAAUUGCAGCAACUGGGACAGGUACUAUACCUGCAUCAGCUUUAGCAGCUGCUGGCGGUGCAAUUUCACAACAAGGAGCUUCUCUUUCUGCUGGUUUGCAUCAAAAGAUUGAUGAUUUAGGUGGGUCCAGUAGUAGUAGGGCCAGUUGGGCAAUGUUAGGUGGCAAUUUAGGGAGACCCCAUCAUGUUACUACUGCAGGAUUAUGGCCCCCAGUUGGAGGUUAUGGGUUCCAGUCAUCAUCUAAUUCCACUGGUCCGUCAACAACAAAUAUAGGGACUGAAGCUGCUGCUGCUGGUGGUUCUAGUUAUUUGCAAAAACUCGGGUUUCCAGGGUUUGACUUGCCGAGUAACAACAUGGGGCCUAUGAGUUUUACUUCAAUUUUAGGUGGGGGUGCCCAGCAGUUACCAGGAUUGGAACUUGGGUUGUCACAGGACGGGCAUAUUGGGGUUUUGAGUCCACAAGCUUUGAAUCAGAUUUAUCAGCAGAUGGGGCAUGCUAGAGUGCACCAGCAGCAGCAUCAGCAACAAAAUCCUUCUAAAGAUGAUUCACAAGGAUCAGGCCAGUGAUUAGUAGUUGAAGGAAAUAGGCAUUUUGUUGAUGUUGAAAGAGAGGCUGAGUGAUUUUCGUUAAUGGUUUUUUGUGUUGUAUAAUUGAUAAACAGAAAAAAAAAUGCGAGCAAAAAAAAGAGAGAGAGAUACUUUGGGAGAAUUCAAUAGGGACUGGAUUUGGUUUGCCAUUCACUUCUUCUCCACUGCCUCACUCAGGUUUUCAUAUACAGAUGGGAUUGUGCACAGCCAAAUAGCUUGGUUUUGGGCUUAACUUCUUAUUUGAUUCAGAGGUGUGUUGAUUAUAGUGUAAGGCAUCUUUAAUUAUUUUGUUCUUCUGUAGGUCUGGAUGAAGUGGUUGAAUUUGAUCAGUUUGUUUGUGAUAUGAAACAUAGAGUUUCAUAGUCAUACUUUUGUCUGAUUUCACUUUGUAUCAUGCUUUGCAGAGGUGAAGCUAUUAAUUUUUCACAUUUGGCUGUCUGCUACAUGCAUUUGACUUGCUGUUUUGUGUCUGUAUGAAAUAAUAUCUAGUCAUCAUCUUAAUUAUACAAAAGCUUUCUGCUUUUUCUAGCUAGAAA